UCGAGCGGACAUUUGAUAGGGCUUUUAGAGAACAACUGGCGCAAGCGUGGUGAACCGAGCACGAAAAGGAGGCUUUCAAGAUAUUCCUCUAGAGGGAACGCGAGACCUUCAAACCAAAGCCCUACGUUGCACGGAGCCUCCUUUCAUUGGUGGGCAAGGUGUUUCUUCGAGUUGGGCCCUGGUAGCUCUUUCUGAACAAGCGCCGAUCGACGCGGCGCAACUUCGCUGUUGAACCUGCUGGGCUCCAGCGAGCACCUGCCGCACAUCGUCAAAUCACGCCGAUAUCCUCUUCCGCUGCCACUCCUCCCGUCCAACGCCACACUACGAUAGCCCAUGGCAGCCAACGCAUAUCCCGGCACUCCCCUCGUCGAGGAGUUCAAGGGUGGAGACAGCUAUGCCAUCCUUGUCCAGGUCAAGGAGGCGUACGAGCAUGAUGCCGCACGCGUCCGAGAAUUUGUCUUCGAUGCUGCCGCUGCCGUCGGAACGGCGUCAUUCAUGUAGUCACGACGAGCCGCCAGGAGCCUU